AUGUGGGACUCUCUCUCCAGUCCACCCGAGGGCCUCAUUGGAGGCUAUCAGGGGGGCAGCAUCGUGAUCAAGAUUCUCAUGGCAGUUUUCAGUGCAAUCGCGCUCUACAAUGCUGUCGAACUUGUUAUCCUCAUUUUUCUCACCUUCACUCGCUAUAGUGGUUUGUAUUUCUGGACCAUGCUGCUCUCCGACUUCUUCGCCAUUGGACCGCUCUGGUUUGCGGUCACCUUUUCCACCAUCGGCUUCUAUUUCAUGGUCCCCGGCCAAUCCAUCGUCCUCUAUUCCCGACUCCACUUGGUUGUCCAGAGCCAAACGCUGCUCCGCCGGAUUCUCUACCUGAUCAUCUUUGACACCAUCAUCUUGUUGAUUCCCACCACUAUUCUCACCUAUUCGACCAUUUACAUCGGCACCAUUCCGAUCAUCAAGGGAUACAAUGUGAUGGAGCGGAUGCAGCUGGCUUGGUUUUGCGCGCAGGAGAUCCUGAUUUCGAUCAUCUACAUCUUCGAGACCCUCAAAAUUCUUCGUCUGCGGCCGGAAAAGGACCCAGAGCGGCAUAAGACAAUGUAUGAAUUGAUCGCCAUUAAUUUGGUAAUCAUCCUUAUGGACAUUGCACUCCUGGUUCUCGAGUACGUCGGUCUGUACACGCUCCAGACCACCCUUAAGGCCGCUGUCUACAGUAUCAAGCUCAAACUCGAGUUUGGUGUCCUGAGAAAGCUGGUCUCGCUCGUCCAUACUCGCCACUCGGAUUCAAGUUCCUCGGAUCAGGAAGAUUUCCCAACUUUUGUCGAUCCUGACCAGAUCACUGGGGAUGUGACACAUGCUGCCCCUGCCAACAGUCGAAGACAGUCGCGGUACCCGUGGACAGCAAUCUCCAUGGACAGUCUGGUCUUACCCGAACGAAGAAGUCAACACGUCACUUCGUCAGAAAUACCCCGAUCUCCAUUAUAG